CGGGCGGGCAGCUCCCUUCGCCCCUCGCAGCAGGAGAUGCGGGGUGCGCUGCCGCGGCCGCCGCUGCUGCCGCCGCCCCCGUGCCGCAGGAAGAGGAGGCGGAGGCUGCCUCCCCCGGGAUGUGAUCUGGGCUCCGCUGCCCGCACCGUGCCUAGUUAGAGCCGCGACUCGCCCCCGCGCCCCGUCCGUUUCGCUCCUCGCCAUUCGCCCCGUCCCGUCCCGGCGCCGGCCGACCCAGAGAGCUGGCUGCCGCCCGCCGCCGCCUCCAUGCAUCCCGCCCUGUACACCCGGGCCAGCAUGAUACGUGAGAUCGCCGCGGCCGUGGGCUUCAUCUCCAAGUUUUUGCGGACCAAGGGACUGAUGAACGAGCGGCAGCUGCAGACCUUCAGUCAGAGCCUGCAGGAGCUGCUGGCAGAACAUUACAAGCACCACUGGUUCCCAGAAAAGCCCUGCAAGGGAUCGGGUUACCGAUGCAUCCGGAUCAACCACAAAAUGGAUCCUCUGAUUGGGCAGGCGGCGCAGCGGAUCGGAUUGAGCAGUCAGGAACUCUUCCAGCUGCUUCCCAGCGAACUCACUCUAUGGGUUGACCCCUACGAAGUGUCCUAUCGGAUCGGGGAGGAUGGCUCCAUCUGUGUGCUCUACGAAGCUGCGCCAGCAGGAGGUAGCCAAACUAACAGCAACGUGCAAAUGGUAGACAGCAGGAUAAGCUGUAAGGAGGAACUCCUCUUGGGCAGAACCAGCCCUUCCAAAAGCUACAAUAUGAUGACUGUAUCGGGUUAAGAUAUGGUCUGUGGAUGGAUACACCUUUAAAAUGGAUGGAUUAAAUUUGGUUUUUACUUUGGGUGGGCACCUCUGGGGAUGGAUUAUGGAAUUUAACCCAUGUCACAGCUGUGAAGACCUGGCACACGUUAAAGAGUGGUAUGCUUUAAAGCGACAGUGCCAUAGUUUGGACAGUACCUUUCAGUGAUUUAAUAGCCUGUGAGUCGAAAUGCUUGCAGCUUGCUAGGGAAUGAAGAAGAUCUAGGAAGGCUCAGUUUUCUCCCAAGGCAUCUCAAUGUCUACACCAAUUUUGAAACACACACAACACCCACACCCCCAAAAUCUGUGUUGAUAAAGUGAUUCUCUGCAGUAGGUCUGGCAGAGUAAAUUUGCACUAUGACAUUUAUUAAUCCUUAGCGGUUUUUUGGCAGCUCAGUCCAAGACUUUCCUGAACAGCAGAGUACUGGAAACCUGCAUUUUUUUUUUCAGACUUUUACCUAGCACUUAAAAACACCCAUGUAUAAAUGUACAUAAAAAAGCCAGUUUGAGUGUGACCUGGGGAACUGGUCAGAUCUUUAGAUCGGCCUCAAAAGUAGCAAGUGAGCAGAACCUGCCGCGGCAACAGGCUUUAAAACGAGACCCUCUUAAAGACACUGUCUGAACUGUGGUGUUAGCACCAGCCAGCUCUCUGUACAUUUGCUAGCUUGUAGUUUUCUAAGACUCGAGUAAACUUCUUAUUUUUAGAAAGUGGAGGUCUGGUUUGUAUUAUCUUUUUUUUUUCUCCUUGUUCUUAAUUGGGUAAAAAAAAGUCUUUUCCACAAACCGCCAGCUCUUUUGUGAACUUUGUUAGUCAUCUUUUAUUUGGUAAAUUAUGAACUGGUGUAAAUUUGUACAGUUCAUGUAUAUUGAUUGUGGCAAAAGUUGUACAGAUUUCUAUAUUUUGGAUGAGAAAUUUUUCUUCUCUCUAUAAUAAAUUGUUUCCUAUCUUGGCAUUUUAA